AUGAAGAGAUGCUCUGCUCUUCUUGUCAACUAUUCCAGUUCAGACGAUGAGUCGGACAACAACGAUUCACGUUUACAAGCAGGACCUGUGCCGAAAAAAAGAAAAUUACCAGUGCUCCCUCUAUCAAUAGCACCGCCCGUACCCUUGGAUGACCCAUCUCUUCAUCAAGGUCGAAUCCGAACUAUCCCGCAUGUAGAUGGCCAGUUUGCAUCCCACAUCUACAUAGCGUUGCCGCUUGGGAGGGAACAGCCACUACUUCAACUUUUACGCGACAUCCUACGUGAGGCGAAGGAGUCGGUACCCUACUUGUACGAGAUAGGUUUUACCAGUGAAGAAAAAACCUCUGAACUUCACAUUUCACUGUCUCGACCCAUUUUUCUUCGUGUACAUCAAAGAGAAGACCUCAAGAAGGCUUUAAGAGCGUUAGCAAGGAGGCAAAAAAAGUUCACUUUGUCAUUUGCAACGUUCUCAGAAUUGGUCAACGAUGAAAAGACAAGGACUUUCUUGACCAUGGAAGUAGGUGCUGGUCAUCACGAGUUGCAGAAUUUGGCGGAAGCCUUGUCCCCCGCUUUGCAGGGGAUUCGUCAAAAAGAGUAUUAUACCAACCCACGAUUCCAUGCCUCCAUUGCUUGGGCACACCUUGACCGACCCGGCAAUGAGGACAAUCUGGACCUUGUGACUGCCAGCCCUUCAAAAUCCUCGAAGUUGGAAAUUGCGUUGGAUCUUGGCCCCGAGGGGGUUGAGUUGCACUCAGUUCCUCAUCUUCCAAAUGAGUUGCUCAUGGCUCUCAAUGAGCGAUAUUGUACAAGAUUGGCUUCGCCCAAGAUUGGGAUGUUUGACGUGGAGAAAAUUCAUGUUAAAAUUGGAAGGGAAGUUUUUUCUUGGUUCUUGGAGGGCAUGUGA